AUGAAAAUCCUCCCAUCCUUGCGCUUGGCCUACAUCAUGACUGUUCUCUCCGUCCUCAACAUCUCGAACGCCGCCACCACUGCAGAAUGGAAAGCGCGCUCUAUCUACCAGACAAUGACAGACCGUUUUGCGCGCACCGAUGGCUCGACCACGCACGCCUGCAACACGACCGCUGGUCUAUACUGCGGCGGGACUUGGCGCGGCACUAUCAACCAUCUCGAUUACAUCCAAGGGAUGGGGUUUGACGCGGUGAUGAUUUCGCCCAUCAUCGAGAAUAUCGGCGGCCGCGUGUCCUACGGUGAGGCGUACCAUGGGUACUGGCCGCUCGAUCUGUACAGUCUAAACGACCAUUUCGGAACGCAUCAGGAUCUGCUGGAUUUGAGUGCCGCCCUCCACGAGCGGGGCAUGUAUCUCAUGAUGGACACGGUUAUCAACAACAUGGCGUAUAUGACGGAUGGAGAUGACCCUGCUAAGAACAUCGACUAUUCGGCGUUGACCCCGUUCAACAAGAGCGAGUACUACCAUCCGUAUUGCAAGAUCAAGGACUGGAAUGACUACCAUGAUGCGCAGUGGUGCCAAACCGGUGACAAUAAGGUUGCCCUCCCUGACCUAUACACUGAGCGUAAAGACGUGCAGGACACCUUGAUCAGCUGGGCGAAAGGUAUUGUGAAAACAUACUCGAUUGACGGGCUGCGCAUUGACGCUGCCAAACACGUCAACACCGGGUUCCUGAAGACAUUUAGCGACUCCGUCGAUAUGUACGUGACCGGCGAAGUCCUUCAACGCGAAGUCGACAUCAUCUGCAACUACACGGAGAACUACAUUGACAGUGUGCCCAACUACCCAAUCUACUAUUCCAUGCUGGACGCCUUUACCCAAGGGAACACUACCUCGCUGUACCACCAGGUCGAGAACAUGAAGAAGUCCUGUCGCGAUGUCACCACCCUCGUAUCCUUCUCCGAAAACCAUGAUGUUGCGCGCGUGCCGAGCUUCAAUGAUGACAUGGCGCUCGCCAAAAACAUCCUCACCUUCACCAUCCUCUUCGACGGCAUCCCCAUGAUCUACCAAGGGCAGGAACAGCACCUUUCCGGCGACGGAACACCCAAGAACCGUCAGGCCGUCUGGCUGUCGGCGUACAACACCGAUUCCGAAUUGUACAAGCUGAUUGCUACGCUUAACAAAAUCCGCAAGCACGUCAUCUCCCUUGGCUCGGACUACCUUGAUGAACAGACCGUCCCCCUCUACCGCGGGGGAAGCGAGCUGGCAUUUAGUAAAGGCGUUGAGGGCCGGCAGAUUAUUAUGUUGCUUUCUGGUCAGGGCAGUAAGGGUGACCCUUACACAUUGACCCUGCCGGUUAGCUAUAAUGCCGGCACCACGGUUACGGAUGUGUUGCACUGUGUUAAUUAUACGAGUGUCGGGAGCGGCGAGCGUGCGGGGGAGCUUGAUGUGCCCAUGAGCAAGGGGGAGCCGCGGGUUUUCUUCCCGGCAGACCUGAUGGAAGGAAGUGGGCUUUGUGGACAUGCUGGGGGGAACGUUAGUCUAGCGAAGUUAGAGACAGGGAAGGAUAGGGUGGUUUCAGGUGGAAGGAUUGUUGGUGAAGCCAAUGCUACCUUGGUGAUGAUUAUGUCGGUGCUAGCGGGCGUACUGCUUUUGGCGUGAUUUGAUCUGUUUUCAUCUUUUUGCCUCUUCAUUUUCACGCCAGUGAUACCCAGGUACAUAAUCAGACCUG